AUGUCGGUUGCUUGUGAUCUUGAUGAUGAUGUCAAUGAUUGCAGUCAUAGGAGUAAUACAGAGACACAUAAGAGAUCCCAUUCGGCAGUUUGGCCUCAUUUUCAUAGGUUAGAACCUGAUGAGCAUGGUAGACAGAAAGCUAUACGCAAAACAUGUGGUAAGCAGUACUUAGCAAAUAAUGUGAGUGGCACAUCUAAUUUAUUAGGCCAUUUGGCAAGUCAUGCUCAUAAUGAGGAGCAGCCUACUAGAUUAGCCACGGUUGAUCAUGAGAUAUAUCGUGAUAAGGAUAUAGUAACUGGAUGGAAUUCUACCUAUCUGAUGCUUGAGAGGGCCUUACUUUUUAGGCAUGCAUUUUCUCGACUUCAAGAUGUGGAUGAUGAUUACAAGUUGUGUCCUUCGGAAGAGGAAUGGCAUAGGGUCGGAAAGAUAGUAGAGUUUUUGAGGCUUUUCUAUGAUAUGGCAUUAUUGUUCUCGGGAAGUAAAUACCCCACAGCUAAUUUAUACUUUCCCAAUGUUUGGAAGAUUCAAUGUCUCUUAAAUAAGGAAGUCAAUAGUCCAGAUGUUUUGAUUAGUGAAAUGGCUUCUAAUAUGAAGAUCAAAUUUCAAAAGAUGAAAAGGUUCUUAAUAUUAAACAAAAGUUGUUUCAUUUGUUCGAAGAGUACUCUUAAGAACAAUACUGCUAUUACUGCUGCACCAAUGGAGAGUACUUUUAAUAGUGAUGAUGGACAAACUAGAGAUCUUAUGGAUGGUUUUGAUGUGUACCAAUCUCAACAAGGGGCUAAUGGUAACAAAUCUGAGUUGAAGUUGUAUCUUGAGGAGCGACUAGUAGAUCGUAAGCAACAACCAGAUUUGAAUGUUUUGACUUAUUGGAAGGAGAGUAGAAUUAGAUAUCCUGAGCUAUCACUUAUGGCUCGAGAUAUCUUAAGUAUUCAUAUUACCACUGUAGCAUCCGAGUCUGCUUUUAGUCAUGAGAGUGCUGAUAAAGAUUUUGAAGUUGAGCAAGAAGACGAGGAGCAAUAUCUUGGAAUUGAUAUUAGUAGAUUUAUUGCUGAACAAGAUGCAUCUUCAAAUGUUGAUACUUAG